AUGAUCUGCAGAAGUUGCCGAACCACCAUGCUGUCCCGGCUGCAACAGACGCAAGCCGUGUCAUGGACCGCAUCAACAGCCGCUCGCCAAUUGCCCAUUGUGCGCAAUCAAUUCCGAUUCUACAGUGACAAGGCUGCCAACCCACCUGUCGCUGCUACUCCUCCUCCCUCUGCUCCCCGCCAGACGACGGUCGGCGAUAACACUACUCCCUCCGCCAUCUCCUCCGCUACCCCCGGUGUUUCUCAGCCUUUGAGUACCCCAGAGGGCGUUCACACCGAUGCGAAACCCGCUAGUUCUACCAAGCCCGUCGUCGAGCGCCCACCGAGUAGCUGCCCGGCCGGUACCAAGAUGAAUGGCCUGAACUAUUUCAAGAACAAGCCGGAUAUUGUUGCCAAGGAGGAUUCGGAGUACCCAGACUGGCUCUGGGACCUUCUCGGGGAUGCAAGCAAGCAGUCGAAGACCGACAAGGGUGGUGUUGACCCGAGCACUCUGAACAAGAAGCAACGAAAGCGCUACGAGAAGAAAUUGGCUGCUCGCACCGGACCGCUUGCCCCUAAGAUCCCUGCCCACCACCACUCUUACGAUAUUACACCCGCAUCCUACAACCGUGACGGACCUUCGGAAGAUGCCUUCUCCGACGCCACUGCCGGCCUCCAUAAGCGCCAGGAGGUUACCAAGAGCGCCCGAGAAGCGCGACGGAAGGCUAUCAAGGAAUCUAACUUCCUGCGUGGUCUGUAA